AUGGCUUCUGGACCAGAGAAUGAUCUCUCCUGUCCCGUCUGUCAUGACAUCUUUAAAGAUCCUGUUAUCCUGACAUGCAGCCACAGUUUCUGUAAAGAGUGUCUACAGAGAUGGUGGAGAGCGAAACAAGUACAGGAGUGUCCAAUUUGUAAGACUGUAUCUGGAAGGAACAACCCAACUUGUAACUUGGCAUUAAAGAACUUGUGUGAGGCCUUAUCACUAGGAAGAGAUCAGAGAGCUUCAGCAGGGUCUGAGGAUCUCUGCAGUCUGCACUCUGAGAAACUCAAACUCUUCUGUCUGGACCAUCAGCAGCCAGUGUGUCUUGUCUGCAAAGAUUCAAAAAUACACACCAACCACAGAUUCAGACCCAUCGGUGAAGCUGCACAGGAUCACAAAGAGGAGCUCCAGAAAUCCCUGAAGAUCUUACAGGACAAACUGAAGCUCUUUAAAAAAGUUAAAGGAAACUGUAAUCAAACAGCAAAACACAUUAAUGUCCAGGCCAGAGACACAGAGAGGCAGAUUAAAGAGCAGUUUAAGAAGUUUCACCAGUUUCUACAGGAGGAAGAGGAGGCCAGGAUCGCUGCUCUGAGGGAGGAAGAGGAGCAGAAGAAUCAGAUGAUGAAGGAGAAGAUUGAGACUCUGAGCAGAGAGAUAGCAGCUCUUUCAGACACAAUCAGAACCACAGAGGAGGAGCUGAGAGCUGAAGACGUCUCAUUCCUGCAGAACUACAAGGCUGCAGUGAAAAGAGUCCAGCAGCGCCCCCUGCUGGAUGAUCCAGAGCUGGUCUCAGGAGCUCUGAUAGAUGUGGCCAAACACCUGGGCAACGUGACCUUCAACAUCUGGAACAAGAUGAAGGAGGUGGUCGUCUACACUCCUGUGAUUCUGGAUCCAAAUACUGCUCAUACAAACCUUAUCCUGUCUGAAGAUCUGACCAGUGUGAGACGUGGAGAGAGACAGAAGCUUCCUGAAAACCCAGAGAGGUUUGACUAUUAUCGCAUUGUCCUGGGCUCUGAGGGCUUUAACUCAGGGACUCACAGCUGGGAUGUUGACGUUGGAGACAGAACAGGCUGGAUCAUUGGUGUGGCACGAGAGUCUGUCCAGAGGAAGGGAAGCACAGACAUAAUGUCUGGAUUAUGGGCAGUAGUGUUCAAUAAAGAUGGAUACCACGCAGUCUCCUCACCACAUCCCUCCACUGUUCUCUCAGUGAAGAAGAAGCUGCAGAGGAUCAGAGUUCAUCUGGACUGGAACAGAGGAAAACUGUCAUUCUCUGAUCCUGAUACUAACACACACAUACACACCUUCACAUACACUUUCACUGGGAGACUGUUUCCAUUCAUCAGCACCAUGAAUGAACUCCCACUGAAGAUAUUACCUGUGGCCUCUGGUGAUGAUGGAGUUAAUAAUGGUGGUGAUGAUGAUGAUGAUGAUGAUGAUGAAGGUGAUGAUGUUAACAGUGGGCCCAGUACAUCUGCACAUCAGUGAGCCCUUUUCCCUUUUGGAAAUGUAAACCAGUGAAGGUAAUUGGAGGCCAUUUGAAACCAUUUAAGUUGUAGUACCAUGUCCCAACUACCAGGUGGUGAACCCCCAAAGUGUUGUCUACAAUUCCAUCUGAAUAUCAUUUUUGACUCUCUGUGAUUUUGUGAUAUUGAAUCAUAAAUUCAAAAUGGCGGAGGGUGGAGGAAAUGCACCGAGUAGCUCAGGAAUAUCUGUUAAAAACUUUUAUUCUCAGAGAAAAAAACAGGUAAAAAGUAUAUUUGUCAACUAAAUAAGAUGUUUGAAAGACGUUUAUCAAGUUUUUAAUAAUAUUUUUCUUGUUCAUUUUUUUCCGUGAAAAUACAUCUGUCCACUCCAGUGGACAUCAUGCAACAAAGGGUACAUUCUGUCUAUUGGGCCUAGGACAUGUUUUUCAAAUAUCCUCU